AUAUAAUGGACCUGGACAAUCCAUCUGCACCAUAGCGCAUAGAACCAAUAACUAGUGUUCAUUUGCUUGGCAAUAAUGUCCACAAAACCCCUAGCCGUUCUUCUCCCUCUCCUGCUAAUCUCACUGUUUAUACCCUCCUAUGCCGGUGGGAUUGCCAUAUACUGGGGCCAAAACGGCAAUGAAGGAACUCUAGCAGAAACUUGUGCCACUGGGAAAUAUUCCUAUGUGAACAUAGCCUUCCUCAACAAAUUUGGCAAUGGUCAAACCCCUGAAAUCAAUCUUGCCGGUCAUUGCAACCCAGCUACUAAUGGUUGCACCACCGUCAGCAACGGCAUCAAGAGUUGCCAAAAGCAAGGAAUUAAGGUGCUGCUUUCUCUUGGCGGUGGCAUUGGGAGCUACACCUUGGCCUCUCAAGCUGAUGCAAGAAAUGUAGCAGACUAUUUGUGGAAUAAUUUCUUGGGUGGGAAAUCGUCUUCACGUCCCUUAGGUGAUGCUGUAUUGGAUGGUAUUGAUUUUGACAUAGAGCAGGGUUCGACGCUGUACUGGGAGGAUCUUGCACGCUACUUAUCAGCAUACAGCAAGCCAGGCAAGAAGGUGUAUUUGGCUGCAGCUCCUCAAUGUCCAUUUCCUGACAGUAACUUAGGAACUGCCCUUAACACAGGUCUUUUUGACUAUGUCUGGGUUCAGUUUUAUAAUAAUCCUCCAUGCCAAUAUAGCUCAGGUAACAUUAACAACAUUGUUAACUCGUGGAAUCGAUGGACCACAUCAGUAAAUGCGGGGAGAAUAUUCCUUGGGUUGCCGGCAGCUCCUGAGGCAGCCGGAAGCGGGUACGUUCCACCGAAUGUGCUGACUUCUCAAAUUCUUCCAGAAAUAAAGAAGUCACCUAAGUAUGGAGGUAUCAUGCUCUGGUCAAAGUUCUGGGAUGAUAAGAAUGGAUAUAGUUCUUCAGUUCUGAGAAGCGUGUGAAAUGCAUGAAAAAUUGCUUCACUUGUUCUAAGUUGUCGUCUUAAAGCAAACAAUAUGAAAACGAUGUAACCAUUAAAGAAUUUGCUCGACAAAUUCAAUAAAUUUCGUGCUCGUGUCUUUUUCCUA